GUGUGUACUGAUAACGCGCAUGCUCCAUAUGUCUCCUUCAUUGUGCCCUGUUCCCCUUAUAGACAGCGCUAAGCUAAGCUAGCUGUCAAUCCCCUCAGCAGCAUCACGCCAGGGACACUCCAGGCUCUGCAGACUCCCCCUCCAACACCGUUGCACUGCACAAUGGCUGUCCCUCCUUCAUACUCAGACCUGGGCAAGGCUGCCAAGGAUAUAUUCAGCAAGGGCUAUGGCUUUGGUGUUGUGAAGCUGGACCUGAAGACCAAAUCACAAAGUGGAGUGAUGGAGUUCAACACGUCCGGCUCCAGUAACACGGACACGGGGAAGGCCUCAGGCAGCCUGGAGACCAAAUACAAGAUGAAGGAGUUGGGCCUGAGCUUCAACCAGAAGUGGAACACAGACAACACGCUGGCUACCGAGGUCACCGUGGAGGACCAGCUGACUCAAGGACUGAAGGUGGCCUUGGACACGUCUUUUGUACCAAACACAGGUAAGAAGAGCGGAAAGCUGAAGACGGGCUACAAGCGCGACUAUGUGAACCUGGGCUGCGAUGUUGACUUCGAGGGUCCCAUCAUCCACGCUGCCGCUGUGUUGGGCUACGAGGGCUGGCUGGCUGGCUACCAGAUGGCUUUUGACACGGCCAAGUCCAAACUGGUCCAGAACAACUUUGCUCUUGGGUACCGGGCCGGGGACUUCCAGCUGCACACCAAUGUUAACGAUGGCACCGAGUUCGGUGGCUCCAUCUACCAGAAGGUGAACGAUGAGCUGGAGACAGCGGUCACUCUGGCGUGGACCGCUGGCAGUAACAACACUCGCUUCGGCAUCGCUGCCAAAUACAAGCUGGACAAAGACGCCUCUCUGUCUGCCAAAGUGAACAACGCCAGUCUGAUUGGAGUAGGCUACACCCAAAGCCUUCGGCCAGGUGUGAAGGUUACCCUCUCAGCCCUGAUCGACGGGAAGAACUUCAACGCCGGCGGACACAAAGUCGGCAUGGGCUUCGAGCUGGAGGCAUAAAAAGGAACAAAGAAGAAGAAAAAGAAAAAAGCCACAUGACCACUCACUCCUCUGGCCUCCCCCUCCCCCCACACAGUUCACCUCCCAUCAUGCAGCUGGGCUCCCCCACUGUCACACUCCCCUCCCAUUCACACAUCACGAGCGUUUCUGACAGUAAUAGUCGAGUCUCAGCAUCAUGCUUAAACACCCCGGAGAGGAGUCGUGAGGUUGCGUGUUGAUCCUGAAACUGACGGCGCCUAGUUUUUAUAGUUAUUGAAGUGACAUUAUUUAUUUCCUCGUAGCUCUUGGAUGAAGUAGUCGGUGUGUGUAGCUCAUUAAAGCUUCUGUGUUCAGCUUUUCGAAAGCAUGUAAGAAAGAAAACGUGUAUGCAGAGCUGAAGGCUUAUUUGCUUGGUUACAAACUGGUGCUGAGUGUCUGUCUUUUUGUUUUGAACACUUUUGGCUGUGUUGUUGGACUAUUUAAUCCACAUAAACGUUUUGUUACAACACAUUUUAUGAACAUACGACUGAAUUAUUGAAACUGAAGGAUUCCUGCUUUGACUGAGGGAAUGAAGGAAGGGUAUUUAAAAGGUGGCUUUACAGGAACAGUGGAAGUGUUUUCAGCUCAGAUGCUCUUAGAUGCUCUUUGUGACUUCUCAUUUUGGUAGGUGAAAUCAACGUAGUGGGAUCUUCUGGUAGCUUAUGUAGUUAGUUUGCAUUUCUACAGUGUUGUUUUCAUCUAUCCGCCUGGUCCACACAGAAAGUGAGAAUAUUUUGCAUCUGCUCGUACGGUCUGGUAGGUAUCUCGGCUGUUCAGUGGCACCAGACGUCUUAACUUGACGGCCAGCUGUUUCCUCAUGUUGCUCGGGGACGGCGCUCAUUGCUGUCGGCGCUCUCUUCUUGGAAACGACCUACGCUUCACUGUACAUAAAAUACAGCUGAUUGUCCUCUCAGUGAUUCCAGUUAAAGCACGUAAUAUGGUCAUGUAAGAGGUUGUUGUGUCCCACAUGGCCCUCCCUUUUCGUUUUUUUGGGUAGUCAUGCAUCAAAAUGUUUUUUUUGUUUCAUCUAAUUUUGUUGUCAUGAUUAUAAGGCUCAUUGUUCUCUGUCACUUAGACACAGUACCUCAUUUUUUUCCAAUGUCAAUUAAGGGAAUUCUAAUAAUUAAAAAAAACAAUGAAAAACAAUGUUGUUGUUGU